AUGUCAGGAAUAUCAGUAGUUGAUAGGAAACAAGGGUCCGAUGCCAUAAGAUUUGUUAGCUUUAAUGUGAAUGGGGUUAGAACUUUAUUCCAUUAUCAACCAUUUUCUCAAAUGAAUCAAAGUUUAAAGGCAUCUUUUGAAUACUUUGAUGCAGAUGUGAUUACAUUUCAAGAAUUGAAGACUGAAAAGUAUGGAAUCUCUAAAUGGGGGAAAGUUGAUGACUUUUAUUCAUUUAUUUCAAUUCCGUCUAAUAAGAAAGGUUAUUCAGGCGUUGGAUGUUGGGUAAGGAAACCAGAGAAAGAUCAUCCACUGUAUGAGGCCCUUAAAGUAGUUAAAGCUGAAGAAGGUAUCACUGGUUAUUUGACAGUUAAAGUAGGUGGGAAAGAAGUUAGAUAUAAAGAUGAUACUUCUCAAGGAAUUGGCGGAUAUGAAUCAUUGGGUUUAGAUGAGACAAACGAUGAUGAAGCCCUGACCUUAGAUUCUGAAGGGAGAUGUGUUGUUGUGGAGUUGGCAUGUAAUAUAGUUGUAUUCAAUGUCUACUGUCCAGCUAACUCUGGUCAGACUGAUGAUGGGCAAUUGUUCAGGUUAAAAUAUCUAAAGGUACUGUAUAAAAGAAUUAGAAACCUUAAGGCUUUGGGGAAAAAUAUUGUUUUAAUGGGUGAUAUUAAUAGUUGUAGAGAUUUAAUAGACCAAGCUGAGGCAUUGGAGGCAAAUAUGAUUCAAAUCACUAGUACAACCACAGGUGAAGAUAUUGAAGAAAAAUAUUCGCAAUUAGCCUACGAGUUUGUCAUGAAUCCAGAAGCUCCACAGCGAAGAAUGUUAAAUCAGAUGUUGACAGACUCGAUUAUACCAGGAAUUUCACAAGAUGGGAUCUUAGUAGACACAACAAGAUAUGUGCAAACAAAGAAACGUUUAAAAAUGUAUACUGUAUGGAAUACCUUAAAAAAUACAAGACCCGUAAAUUAUGGAUCAAGAAUAGACUUCAUAUUAUUAUCAAAAGAACUUCAAGACUAUAUUUUACAGGCAGAUAUACUUCCCGAUGUAAUGGGAUCAGAUCAUUGUCCUGUAUAUUUGGAUAUUGAUUCAAAUUUUUUUACUAAAGGAAACGAUUAUGACCAAGUUAAGGUCCCAAGAUUUGAAGCAAAAUUUAAAUAUGAUCUAAAUCACAAGAACAUUUUAGAUAUGUUUGGAUCACAAAACAGAAAAAGGCAGCUACCAAGUAAUGACCCGGAGGAUGGUUCAGCUGGAUCUUCCUCCACCUUUAAGAAAUCUACUUCCUCACGGAUGGUAAAGGGAUCAACUACUUCAGAAGUACAUGAUGAACUUUUAAUUAAAGGUACAAAUAUUAAACAAACUGGAGAUUGUAUUAGUGAAAGGAAUGUCAAAAAAGUUUCGACAAGUCAGACAAAACUGAGUUUUUUUAACGACAGGCUCCCAAAAGCGCCACUAUGUAAGCAUGGAAUAGAGGCUAUUUUGAAGACUUCAAAAACUCCAACUAAUUAUGGUAGAAGGUUUUGGUCUUGUGAAAAGCCUAAUGGAGACUCUGGUAAUAAAGCUGGUUCAUGUGGUUUUUUCCAAUGGGUUUCUUAA